AUGACUGGACACCCCCUCGCACCACGACGCAGCCACAGCUCAGACAUUACUAAGCUGCCUACUCACCGCCAGUGGUUAACAGCUAUAGACAGGCGUGGGAGUGGGGAUGUAUCCAGGCAGGAUCUGCCCCCAAAGCUGCCAGGUCUGCAGAUUGUCCUGAAGUCUAUAAUGAAGGCCAUGGUGCCUUUACUGCAGAUCGGUCUGCUGCUCUUCUUUGCCAUCCUUAUGUUUGCCAUCAUCGGUCUGGAGUUUUACAGCGGAAAACUGCACAAAACAUGCACGCCACAGCCAGGAAUACGAGAAAAUGAGACGGUGGACUCGAUUGAGUUCGAGUUCCCGUGUGGCGUGCGUCAGUGUCCAGCGAAAUACGAUUGCAGCGAUAGAUGGAUUGGACCGAACGACGGCAUCACCCAGUUCGACAACAUCCUGUUUGCUGUUCUCACUGUCUUCCAGUGCAUCACCAUGGAGGGAUGGACCACCGUACUCUACAAUUGCACAGUAAGGCAGGGUGAUCAAAGUGAAGGAAGAGACGGUAACCUAAAAAACGUCCCCUGUGGUGACUCAAGUCUUCUGAAACAUGACGAGGCUUCACAACCAUCUGAACCAUCUGAACCUGCUAAACCUGAGAGCAAGACAGAAGAAACGGAGUCGGAGCAGAAUCGAGAAAAGUCCCAGCUCAGCUCCAGUGCGGUCAUUGAGGUGCCCGACGUGCAGUCAUCUCUUGAGCUCUCUACGAUCACAGUCAACAGCAAGGACCCUGAAUCCUGCAAAUCUGAGAAGGAGGAGUCCGAAGAAACAAAGCCUGCCAACACUGUGAACCCUGACAACAUGUUCAUCUUCAAACCUAACAACCCGGUGCGCCGAGCGUGUCAUUACGUGGUGAACCUCAGAUACUUUGAAAUGUCUAUCCUGUUGGUCAUAGCUGCCAGUAGCAUCGCCCUGGCUGCAGAGGACCCUGUAGCUGCAUCUUCUGACUGGAACAAGGUUCUACGCUAUUUUGAUUACGUGUUCACCGGAGUCUUCACGUUUGAAAUGAUCAUAAAGAUGAUUGACCAGGGCCUGAUUCUGCAUGAUGGUUCCUACUUCAGAGACAUGUGGAACAUUUUGGACUUCAUCGUUGUGGUGGGAGCGCUGGUGGCCUUUGCCCUCACGUCAGUCACAUCAUUUAUUCUUGCGGUGUUUGACUGUGUUGUGACAUCUCUAAAGAAUGUCUUCAACAUCCUAAUCGUCUACAAACUUUUUAUGUUCAUCUUUGCCGUCAUUGCGGUGCAGCUCUUCAAGGGGAAGUUCUUCUACUGCACCGACAGCUCAAAGGACACACAGAAAGAUUGCCAAGGUUACUACAUCGACUACGGGAAGGAUAAAAAGGAGGUGAAAAAACGAGACUGGAAAAGACACGAGUUUCACUACGACAACGUGAUCUGGGCUCUGCUCACGCUCUUCACUGUUUCCACCGGAGAGGGAUGGCCUCAGGUGCUGCAACACUCUGUGGAUGUGACAGAGGAGGACAGAGGUCCGAGCCACGGCAACAGGAUGGAGAUGUCCAUCUUCUACGUCAUCUACUUUGUCGUGUUCCCUUUCUUCUUUGUCAACAUCUUUGUGGCUCUCAUCAUCAUCACGUUCCAGGAGCAGGGGGAUAAAAUGAUGGAGGAGUGCAGCUUGGAGAAGAAUGAGAGAGCGUGCAUCGACUUUGCCAUCAGUGCAAAGCCCCUGACUCGUUACAUGCCGCAGAACCGGCACACGUUCCAGUACCGGCUGUGGCAUUUUGUGGUGUCGCCCUCAUUUGAGUACACCGUCCUCACCAUGAUCGCUCUCAACACUAUUGUGCUCAUGAUGAAGUACUACUCUGCGCCGCCAGCAUACGACGCCGUCCUGAAGCACCUGAACACAGCGUUCACUGUUCUCUUCUCUAUCGAGUGCAUCCUCAAGAUCCUGGCCUUUGGCUUCCUGAACUAUUUUCGAGACACUUGGAACAUCUUUGACUUUAUCACCGUCCUGGGCAGCAUCACUGAGAUCGUUGUAGAUCUGCAGCGUAUCGACACGUUCAACAUGAGUUUCUUGAAGCUGUUUCGAGCGGCUCGUCUGAUCAAACUGCUGAGGCAGGGUUACACCAUCCGCAUCCUCCUGUGGACCUUCGUUCAGUCCUUCAAGGCUCUGCCCUACGUCUGCCUGCUCAUUGCUAUGCUCUUCUUCAUCUAUGCCAUCAUCGGCAUGCAGGUGUUUGGGAACAUAAAACUGAAUGAGGAGACUCACAUCAACCAGCAUAACAACUUUAAAAGCUUCUCUGGUGCUUUGAUGCUGCUGUUCAGGAGCGCUACAGGGGAAUCCUGGCAGGAAAUCAUGUUGUCAUGUCUGGGGGGGCAGCAAUGUGAAACGGACCCCUCUCUUCCCCCAGCAGCACUGACAGCUGACCAGAAGGAGGGCUGUGGUUCUGAAUUUGCCUAUUUCUACUUUGUUUCUUUCAUCUUUUUCAGCUCCUUUUUGAUGCUGAACCUGUUUGUGGCUGUGAUAAUGGAUAACUUUGAAUAUCUUACGAGAGACUCGUCCAUCCUGGGUCCACAUCACCUGGAUGAGUUUGUCCGGAUCUGGGGGGAGUAUGAUCGUGCUGCCAGUGGUCGUAUCCAUUACACUGACAUGUAUGAGAUGUUGACCAACAUGUCGCCACCUCUAGGCCUGGGCAAGAAAUGCCCCUCCAAGGUGGCAUAUAAGAGACUCGUCCUUAUGAACAUGCCUGUGGAUGAUGAAAUGACCGUUCACUUCACGUCCACCCUCAUGGCCCUCAUCCGCACCGCCCUCGAGGUCAAAAUAGCGAGAGGAGGAGAAGAUCGAAAUCAAAUGGAUUUGGAUCUGCAGAAGGAGAUCGGUGUUAUCUGGCCUCAUCUGUCUCAGAAGAAUCUGGACCUGCUGGUUCCAAUCCACAAAGCCAGCGACAUGACGAUUGGGAAGAUCUACGCCGCCAUGAUGAUUAUGGAUUACUACAAGCAGAGCAAAGCCAAAAAGCUGCGACAGCAACUGGAAGAACAAAAACAUGCUCCCAUGUUCCAGCGUAUGGAUGCUUCCUCUCUCCCUCAAGAAAUAUUAUGCAAUGCCAAAUCCCUGUCAUUCCUCAGGCACAGCGCUGGAUCUGCUCUCACAAGAGGCGGUUUUGUGGCGCUCAGCCCCAUUUCUCCACAGGAGAUGUUCCUGCAGCCGAUGUCUCGCUCCAGAGACGAGAGGGAGGAGGAGGAAGAAUAUCACUCACCUUAUCUCCCUUACCAUACACACCACCACCACCAGCAUCAUUUACACACACUGGUGCCAGAGGUCGUGAAGUACAACCAAGUGAUGCAGCAGGCCCAUCAGGACCCGGCAGUUAUUAAAUCUCCUCAACGCACUUCAUCGAUCAGAGCAUCCUCCAUGCCCAGACUGGCUGUUGACCCACAGCCGGGGCUAUCAGCAGAGAGCAAGCUGAUGAAACGCUCCUUCUCCACCAUCGGAGAUCAGUGCGUGAACGGCCUCUGGCAGGAGCAGCACUCUCUGGAGAGGAUCAGUCCUGAUGACACGUUCAAAACCCGGCAGAGAAGCUACCGAGGUGACAUAAACACAUAA